AUGAGGAUGAGCAUCCCAUCCCAUCCCAUAUUUCCUCUUAUGGCUGUGGAUAUCUGCAGAAUCCUACUUCCCUCAUCUCCCACUCCACCACAACCAACUCUCCCAAAACUCAAUAACAUCUCAAAUACUACGCUUUUCACGAAAAGAAGUUUAAUUCUCUCCGCAUUUCAGAUUUGUUAUUCUUCAUCUGUACUGGCUGAAACACCAUUGCCAUCAACAUCUCCUACAUCUUCGAGCUAUUUUCUCUCGGGCAUUGCAAACACCCGGUCUUGGUUCCAGUUCUAUGGCGAUGGCUUCGCAAUUCGUGUUCCCCCAAACUUUCAGGACAUCAUGGAACCUGAGGACGACAAUGUUGGACUAGCUCUCUAUGGAGAUAAAGCUAAACCAAAGACUUAUGCUGCUCGCUUUGCAUCUCCUGAUGGAUCGGAAGUUGUCAGUGUUGUAAUUCGGCCAUCUAAUCAACUAAAGAUCACCUUUUUGGAGGCCAAAGACAUUGCUGAUUUAGGUUCACUGAAGGAGACAGCUAAGAUAUUCGUUCCGGGUGGAGCUACCUUGUACUCAGCCCGUUCAAUCAAAAUUAAGGAAGACGAGAGUUACAGGAAUUAUUACUUCUACGAGUUUGGAAUGGACGAACAACAUGUUGCACUUGUAGCUGCUGUAAGUAGUGGGAAGGCAAUCAUUGCGGGAGCGGCUGCACCCGAGAAUAGAUGGGAGAAGGAUGGUGUUCAUCUCCGGUCUGCCGCAGUCUCUCUUACACUACUGUAG